UGGACGUCCGCCCGACCAGGAUUUAGGGUUCUACCUGGGGCGAUGAUAGAAAUGAGGCAGCGGCGAGCAACACAACACCGGUACCAAGUGCUGGUUUGUGGAUGCCCAGGCAGAUCUGCAGUGCCCAAUGCCAUGAGCAUGAUAGUGCAGCAUGUGGAGGAGAAAGCUGUGCAUUCGUGGUCACGCAUCUCCACAGCAGGGAAGAAAGCCCUGGAAGAGGCCCUCCUUGUGUUUAAUCCCAUGAGCCAGGAUCUCAGUGCCACAGAGGCCCAGCUUGUGGCCUUCCUCCAGGGUCUUCGAGAUGAUGGCUUCCAACCGACCAUUCUUCGAAGUGGGGAUGUCUAUGGUUAUAGUUCAUGUACAGCCAGCCCCCCCAGCCAGACAAAGCUACAAGCUCGUACCAUCAACCCACCUGCCACGUCACUUCCUGCCAGGGCUCCCCAAACUGCUAAGUCAGUCCCUACAGGCCAGACCACCUUGCUCCCUGUGCCACUGUCUGGCAGGCUGGCUAAAGGGUCCACACCAGCUCUUGCCAAGCACGCUACCACUAACCUGCUGCUGAGCUCCCUGAAGCAGUCAAAUGCCAGCAACACCAGUGGUACAACAGUAGGCUUCCCUGCCCACCUCUAUCCAGGCGUCUACCCCGCCAUGCAGCUCUCUGUGGUCCUUGAAGCACUGGUCCCACUCAAGACUCCCUGCUUGGAUGUUAAGCAUAGGGCACAGUCAUUGCAGCUGUCACUUGCAAAAUCUUCCCUAAAACUGAGGAAAGGUUCAGGGAACCCACAGUCCAAAGCACCCAGAAGAAUCACAAGCAAGGGCCUCAAGUAUCUGACUAGCAAAGGCCGACGAGGUGCUGGAACCCAGAGCAAUGGCGCCCGAAUGAAAGGGCGCUCUACCUUGGGCACCAAAACAGUCCGGGCCAAGGCACCUCGAACCCUGACCAAAGCUGUUUGUGCUCAUGCCAGUGUGGCUCCAGCCAAGACCAAGACAGUAAGGGUCAGGGCCAAAGUAAAACAGGCCAAGCCCAAGGCAGGCAAAGCCAAAGCCAAGGCCGCUGCACUGAGGGGCAAGGCCAAAGACAAGGCAGUCCAGGCCAAGGCCAAAGCAGCUCGGACCAAGCACAAGAAAAGGCCAAAGGGAUAUGUUCAGACCAGAACUGGAAGAACAAGCCUGAAAAAUAGCUCUGAGACUGUGGGGCAGAAGAGGAAGAAGGCUGAGGAGACCAAAGGUCUUCCUCCUAAGAAGAGAGCACGGUGUGUACCCCGAUCUAAGGCACGGCUGGGAACUGGAACAGCUAAACCUCAGAAGUCCCAGACCAUAAAGGUAGACAGGAAGUGCUCAGACGAUGAGGUUCGACAGUGUGCCCAACAGAUCCUCCGUGUGAAUCUCUCUCCUGUAGUAUUGCUCCAGCCAUUGCUGCCAGUUUGAUUCCAUACUCCCUGUCCUGGGUCCUUGCCACAGUACUUGGGAGAAGAGUUGAGCUGUCCAUGUGGCCAGCAGCAGUGUGCAGUGCUCACAACUGCAGCUUCCUGGACUCUGGGAACCCCCGGGACCCCUGUGGUCACAAACAUCCUUUCAGACACUGAGGGUUUGGGUGGGGUGGGUUGUGGGAGGGGUGUUCUCAUGGCUCAGUGCACUGUGACUUGUUCUUCAAAUUGUAUAUCCACCGUUCAUCUAU